AUGCAGCUCUAUUUUGCCAGUGGAUUUCGACUUUUUCUACCUGUCGUAUUUCCCACUGACGAAACCCUGAACUGGUCAUCCAUCAAGCUUCUGCAUCUAUUGGAAAUAGUUUUCAUUAUUGUUGCGUGCCCAGGAGCUGUGUUACUUGUUUAUGCACUGGGCAAAUCUGUACGUCUAUUUCACAUAAACCUUAUACGAAUAGCUCAGGUUCAUGUUGUCGCUUUUACGGUGUCGCAGAUCUCACGUAUCAUAAUCCUCUUGUUUGAAGCCGGUUUCUUGAAAAAGAAAAUAGAACGAGCAUUGGCAUCACUCUAUAUCCGUGACUACGAGAGCGUCAAACGACUUUGGAUAUCGGUGUUGGUAAACGCUACCUCGCUGCUGGUGUCUACGCUCUAUUAUGUGCUCAUGCAGCUCAUUGCUUUCAGCCUGUACGCUAUACUCUUCCUCGUGGCAAUGGCUGUAAUAAUCUUCACGCUUUCUUCGCUUUCUAUUAUGAUGGUCUAUCGUCGUGAUGUUGCAAAACUUCGCGAUUUAUCCGACAAAACUGGUCGUUCUACUAUUAACUACACUCUAAGCAUGAAGUUUCAAUUGGCGGAGAAUAUUCGAGUGGCAAAGCUACUCACUCACGCUUCGAUAGGCGUUUCCAUAUUGGGAACGAGUUUGUGCUGCCUAUGCAGUCCACCUUUCUUGAUAUUGGGUGAAGAGAAGCCUAUCAGCCAUCUACUUUAUGCUGUUUCUAAUGUAGUCAUAGCUGUGUCAUUCACCAUUACUGUAUGGCUGUGCUUAAUAGCGUUUGGGGAGAUAAGACGAAUAUAUAAACGCACCUAUGCCAGUUUUUGUUGUAUGAGUCGCAAAGCGAGAAAACUACUAUAUCCUGUCCAUACUGUCGACGUUCAAGAAAUAGCUGACAAGCAUUUCGAACAACUCAGAACUGCAUGGAAGACGACCUCAUAAAUGAUGCUAUGGUAUAAUCUGAUAAAUCAAAGUCAACUUCCAUUAGACUAUUAAGAAGAUAUACGGAAAAGGAUAUCGGGCAGAAAUAAAAAGUUUAGUCU